AUGGCUGCAGCGGCAUUGAGGCAGAUUUGGACCCCCAGAUUUCUCCCUGUACCUUGGUUUCUGUGUGGUCCCAGAAGAUAUGCCUCAUCCAGCUUCAAGGCUGCUGACCUGCAGCUAGAAAUGACACAGGAGCCUCAUAAGAAGCCUGACCCCAGCCAGCCCCUGCUGUUCGGGAAUACAUUCACCGACCACAUGCUGAUGGUGGAAUGGAACCAGGAGAAGGGCUGGGGCCAGCCCCGAAUCCAGCCCUUCCAGAACCUCACGCUGCACCCAGCCUGCUCCGCUCUGCACUACUCCCUGCAGCUCUUUGAAGGCAUGAAGGCAUUCAAAGGCGGGGACCAGCGCGUGCGCCUCUUCCGACCUUGGCUCAACAUGGAACGGAUGCUGCGCUCGGCCCUCCGCCUCUGCCUGCCGGGUUUCGACAAAAUUGAGUUACUGGAGUGCAUCCGCCGGCUGGUGGAAGUGGACCAGGACUGGGUCCCCGGCAGCGUGGGCACUAGCCUCUACGUGCGGCCCGUGUUGAUCGGGAACGAGCCCUCACUAGGUGUCGGCUACCCCACUCAAGCCCUCCUGUUCGUCAUUCUCAGCCCGGUGGGCACCUACUUCUCUGGAGAUUCCUUGAAACCUGUCUCCCUCCUGGCAGAUCCAUCAUUCAUCCGGGCCUGGGUGGGCGGGGUCGGCAACUGCAAGGUGGGAGGGAAUUACGGGCCCACCGUGUUAGUACAGCAGGAGGCACAAAAGAAGGGCUGCGAGCAGGUCCUCUGGCUGUACGGGCCUGAUCACGAGCUCACCGAGGUGGGCACCAUGAACAUCUUCAUCUUCUGGACCUAUGAGGACGGGGUGCUGGAACUGGUGACCCCCCCACUGGACGGCAUCAUCCUACCUGGAGUAGUCCGACAGAGUCUGCUGGACCUGGCCCGGACCUGGGGUGAGUUCCGAGUGGUAGAGCGUAAGAUCACUAUGAAGGAGUUCCUGCGGGCGCUGGAGGAUGGCCGGGUCCAAGAAGUCUUCGGUUCAGGCACCGCUUGCCAGAUCUGCCCCGUGCACCAAAUCCUGUACCAAGGCAAGCAUUUCCACAUUCCCACUAUGGAAAACGGGCCCCAGCUUAUCCUCCGCUUCUACAAGGAACUGAAGGCGAUCCAGUACGGAUCAAAAGCCCAUGAAUGGAUGCUCCCGGUGUAA